AUGUGGGAAUCAAUGAUACCAAAUAAUAGGAGUUUUCCUACUGAUUCAGCUGUGUCAUUGCCGCUGAAAGAUUGCGACGUAGCAAUAUCCUCUAUUGCAAGAUCAGUCCACCAUACUUCCUUUGGGAGCCGUCAAAACACAGCAGGACGAGGUUUGCCUGUUUUGAAUGAGGAAGGCAAUUUGAUAUCCACAGAUAAUAAUAGAGGAAGUUGGUUGUCUGAUUCUUCAUCAACUUCGGAGUCUCAAACGACAAGUGGAAUUAGCAAAUGUACACUCUGCCUGAGUAAUCGCCAAUAUCCAACAGCCACAUCUUGUGGCCACAUAUUUUGCUGGAACUGCAUUAUGGAGUGGUGCAAUGAAAAGCCUGAGUGCCCUCUUUGUCGCAAUCCCAUAACUCAUUCAAGCCUGGUUUGUUUAUAUCAUUCAGACUUCUAGCAUGUGAUUAUGGUCUAUUGCACAGCCCUAAAGAAUGAAUAAAGAGAGGCUUCCUUUAAUAUAUAUAAAAGAAAUGGAAAAGAAAUCAAAUUGUAAAUAAUUUGUCCCCUUGGGUCAUUCAGAGGAUGGCAAGGCCAUUAUUUAUUAAUCUAUGAAUAAGGGAUUAUUGACAAUGGUGAUUUUAGUUGUAUCUUUUAUCAAGUGUCAGGUAUUUUUUUCAAUCUCUAGCAGCAAAAAUCAAUGGAAUCAAUUCCCCGCAAUGAUUAUAACAUUACUCCCAUAUUUAGCAAGAGAUUCGAAAUGGAGAAAAUAUUUCACCUUCCUGUUCUUUAAAGAAGAUGGCAUGCUGCAAAAGCCAUAUCACAGGUGGUGAACUUAGAUUAUUUGUCAAAUCAACACCCUCAUUUCUGAAUUUCUUUCCUAUCUCAUUAACACGGUUUAAGUUCACCAACAACGAGUUCCUUAAGAUAGAGCUCAGGUGCAAUGCACAUGAACAGUUUCAUGUUCAGAUCAUUGUGAUGGGUCACAAAUGGAGGAGCGACUGCUCCAUUGGCAAUCAUGUUCAUCAUUGGUGUGUCAACUUUCAACCUGAGAGUGAAAAGAAUAUUAAAGGAAAGGAAAAAGAACAUAUUGUCUGUAAAUUUGGCUAAAUUUGUGUUCAUUUUAAAGCCUCGAAUGCCUACUUCGGCUGUAUAGUUUCUUUCCUUCAGCUGUGUGCACUGUGGACAAUAUA